GCUGAAUAAGAAUUUCACACUGCUGAACUGAAAACAUGCAGAAUGGUGUAUAAGAUUCCUCCAUGUGAAAACACCUUACACAUAAUGUACCUUGAGUCUCAGAGAGGCAUGAGAGAUAAGGUUAAUGGAAAGAGGCUGCAAUAUCCCUCACAACAAAAUUUCAACCCCAAAUGGAAAAAAAGUGCUCUGCAACUUCCACAAUGUGAAAAGAAAGUUAACGUAUGGGAAAUAAAGCCUCCUGAUUUUAGUUAUAAACUGUAUACAUCUUCAAGAUUUCCAGAAAUAUCACCAAGAACCAUUAAGGAAGAACAAAGGAGAGAAAAAAGUGAUUUUCCAGAAACAAUGGUUCUGGAAAAAAAUUUCUGUAUAAGAAAUUAUCCCAAGAAGGUCACAUCUCCCAAGUUUAUAACUCUAUUUCCACAUCUGGAUUCACAUAAAGCAAAGUUAAUGUUUGUAAAGUGUGGAAAAUACCCGAGGGGUGUAUAUGUCAAUCCAAAACCACAUGACUUUCGACAGUAUGAAGCUGAUUUACCAAACUUUGUGACAACUUGUGAAAAGGAUCCUUGUGGAAUAAAAUUUAAGUCACAAUUCUUAAGUACAGAACAGGGGAGUCAUUUACUGAAAGAUGAUAAAAAGAAGAACUCAAUGGAAAGAUUUAUUACUUACAAGCCUUGUGAAUGCACCUGGGACUCAAAACUAAUUCUGACAAAAGCCCCAUGGCCUGUGAGAUCUGCCUCAUACACAAGACACAGAAGGUGGCGUGAUGCAUACAGUGCAUUUAUGGAUCGUGUGGAAGAAAAGUUUGUGAAGACAUGUCAGAUCAGGUGUUGGUGUCCAGAGAAGAAACGGAAGAAACAGGGGCAAAAAUCUCAGAUAGCUGAUGGACCAAAGCAGCACAGGGGUUCCUGAACUCCCCCUUCGUUCAUCUUCUGUGCAUUUCCUAAUAAGAGCAAUGAUGAAUCAAUUGGCACCAUCAUCCUGGAUUCCAGGGAAAUCUGCACUCUCCCAGAGUUCAAGAAAGUCCUAAAACAACAAAUGUUCUCAAACAAAAGUUGCAUAAUUUAAAUUUCCUUGUUACAACAUGGAUGAAGAUACUGUUAUCAGGCUCUUGAUUCAGUUUAUAAAAUUUAGAUCUUGCAACUGGAGAGGAAAUGCUGAUAAAAGUUGUGCUUUCUGUUUAUACCCAAAAUUAUAGAGAUGCUCUACUCUCAGUUCAAGUUAAGAAUAGCACAUAAAUGAGAAUAAUGUUUACUAAUUUUGACCACCAACCUUCUGUAAGUCAGACAUGGCAAAUUUCAUGUUUGCAUUCUUUGUAGAAAAAAGAAUUUUCUAUAUAUAAUAUGUAUUAUUUUAAAGGAUAACUAUUAAACCAUGUGUGCAGAAGUAAUAGUUGAUGAAAGCUCAAAACUUUUACUUAAAAAAAAUACAGAAUGAAGGUGAAGUGGUUCAAAUAAAAAUAGGGCACUUUCCCAGGAGAUUAUUCUCCAAAGAUUAAAAAGUAGGAAAGUUUAAUUUUUGGCAUGGCAAAAUACUUGUAAGAUUUACCUUGUUCCUAGAAAUAGAUUUUAUUUUAGGAAUUGCAGGAUUCCAGAUGGUUUGUGAUAGUGUUUAUUUCUCUAAAAAUAAAAUCAAAGGAUGUGUGUAUGAGCUUUGCAUUCAUAUAUACAGCAUAGCAUGGAUUGAAACAAUCAAAAUUUGCUUGUUACAUUUAUAGGAUAUUGAUAUAAAAAUCUGAAUUUUUACUUUUAAAGUUUUUUCUAGUACAUUUUGGAAAUCUAGCUGAUAGCUUCAACCAUGUUAAAGAGAGAAGAUGUUCAACUAACAGAGAUAAUAAAUGUUCUUCCUGAAGAUUAUCAGGUUUAGAAAAUUUAUAAUUCCAAGCAGGGGUAAUAUUUCUCUUUAAAUGUAUGGAAACCAUUUUCUAAAAUUUUGUUUACAAAUCUCCAGGGAAAGAAAACAAAUGACUUGAAAUUUCUUCUUUGUUUCUGAUAAAUAUUUGCUAACUAUCAUUUUAAAUGGAACAAGGCAAGUGUAUAAUUUAGUGCCACUGCCAGUUUUAUCAAAUUGAUUAUCCUAUCUUACUCCCUGUUUCACUAUGAAAACUGGUUGAAAUAAAG